UGAACUGAUGUGAAUUCCCCUCAUCUCAGUCGUCAGUUCCACUGGAGCUCUUGCAGACUACAGUCACAGGAGACUACUGAAGAGGACAAUGGAGUACCUGCAAUCCUAUCACUGUUUACUCUGCUACCUUCUGCUGGCUCUUAGAGAUCCUGCACUCUGUGCUAAAGAGAUCACUGUUAGCCCAGCCAAACCCCUUGUCAAGGUGGGAGAUGCUGUGACCUUGAUCUGUGAGACAACCUGCCCCCAGGGCAGACCACGCUGGAUGGAACUAGACGAGAGCGAUGUCCCUCAGAAUACCACAAAAAACAGAAGUUGUCUACAUAUUGCAGAUGUACACCCGAAUCAUGAGGGAAAGUAUACCUGCACAGCAGUAAAAUGUAGAAAACAGAAGAAGGAAACAAUCCAGCUCAGAGUUUACUCUUUCCCGGUGCCUGUUCUGUCCACGGUGCCAGAGAACCCUGUCUCUGGUCAACCUUUUAAGGUGAAAUGCACACUGACAAAAGUUUACCACAGAGAUGAUGACAACGUUGAGAUGCGUCUCUUCCACCAUGAUAAGCUUGAAACAGAACACUCCAAAAACUGUGAUGGUGACAGAUUUUGUGAUCACACGUGGUCUUCUAGGAAUCAGAUGGGCACUAGCAAAACAGAUUAUCAGUGUGAAACCAAACUUACUAUUGGCCCUAACAGCUUUACUGAAAAGGCUCGUCUUACCAUACAUUUCCAGGUUAAACCCACGGAAGGACCAAUGUCAGAACCUGUAAAUAAGGAAGGCGAAGGUCAAGGUGAUGCUGGUGAUGACUAUAAUGAUCCCAGAAGCACUGCCACGUCUCCUGAACAGAUGGAAACACAAACGUCAGAACCUGUCACUACGGAAGUCAAAGGUCAAGGUGAUGCUGGUGAUGACUAUAAUGAUCCCAGAAGCACUGCCACGUCUCCUGAACAGAUGGAAACACAAACGUCAGAACCUGUCAGUACGGAAGUCAAAGGUCAAGGUGAUGCUGGUGAUGACUAUAAUGAUCCCAGAAGCACUGCCACGUCUCCUGAACAGAUGGAAACACAAACGUCAGAACCUGUCAGUACGGAAGUCAAAGGUCAAGGUGAUGCUGGUGAUGACUAUAAUGAUCCCAGAACCACUGCCACGUCUCCUGAACAGAUGGAAACACAAACGUCAGAACCUGUCAGUACGGAAGGCAAAGGUCAAGCAGUGGAGGCCUCCAGCUCCACCACCACGGCCAUGGUUGCACUGGGCUCCACAGUGGGAUCCCUAUCCAUUCUCUGCUUCCUGGGCUCCCUGACUCACCUGAUCAAACAGAGGAAACGCAAGUCACCCCCUAGUGGUCCCGAGAACCAUCCUGAUGGCUGCUGACCACCAUGACAUCAGCUUCAUCUUAUGUUCUCAAGUUUUUUUUUGUCCUAUGUGUUAAAUGCCAAUGUAGGUCUCUAGCCUGCCUACACGCACCUUUCCUAUAACAACUUUCCUCAUGUACUGCCUGCUGUAUAACUUUUUUUUUAAACCUAACUAUUAAAAUUAAAGCAAACAUAUAACCAAAUAAUAAUUUACUGGAAAAAUGCCAAAGAAGAACAGUCAAACAUAAACAUUGUAACUAACAUAAAGCAUGCUGUUUGAUUAAUAUCAUAUGUUCAUAAUAAACCUCUUGAGAAACAGGA